CCUCUUAAUAGAUUUCAGAGCUACUGCUUCUCUCUCUCUCUCUCUCGCGGAACUGCUCUGAAAAUUUCGAGACUUCUCAUUCCGAUCCUCACUGAAUUGCAUAAGUUUUUUUCUGUUAUUCGAAGCAGUCACGAGAAUCUGCUUAUUCCUGGUUCAGAUCUUGGCAAGAAUAUUGAAAGUUUUAAGCGGUUUUGUGAAUUCCUGAUGAGUUUGCUGGUAAACGGUGAAAUGUGAACGUUGGAUUCCUUACAAGGUUUGAGUUUUUUCUCAUUUUAUAUCGGAUUCAUGGCGAAAUUCAUUACAAUUCUCUAAUUAUCUAGUAGUUUUAUUCAGUUUUUGCUCUUUAGAAGAGGUUCCUCCGAUCUCACUAAAGAGUAAGUGAUUUAAUUUUCAGCUCAAGUUAUCAGAUUUUACAUUAUUCAGCUCAGUUUCAUUGAAAUUAUACUUCCAAUCUAUAAUUUUCCUGUCGAUUUCUGUCGUUUCGUAUCCAAUUUGUUCAAUUUGCUUGAAAAUCAUCCAAAAUUCUCUCUUUAUGAGCUUUUUGGAAAGGAUUUCCAUGACAUCUCUGGUUCCAGAGUUUCUCUUCAAUUGUUACUCUUCAGAAGAGAUUCCUCCGAUCUCACCAAAGAAAAACUAGUUUUCUGCUCCAGUUAUCAGAUUUCACUUUACUCAGCGCAGUUUCAUUAAACUUAUAUUUAUAAUCUUGAAUUUUCUUAUCCAAUUUUGUUCAAUUUGCUUGGAAAUCAUUCAAAAUCAUCUCUUUACAAGCUUUUUAACUAGGAUUUCUACUUUCUGGUUCCAGAGUUUAAAUCGCAAGUCAAGGAAUAAAUGAGAGAGGGAGCUAAAACAAUGGCGGAAGCAUCAAAACCAAUAUUACAAAAACCACCAGGUUACAGAGACCCAAACACUCCGAUCCCCAAGGUACCAAAGCCACAAAUCCGAAAACAACCUCUUCCUCCAUCGUUCCAACCAAGACGAAAACGCCCUAGUCUCUGCCGCAUCUGCUAUUGCUUCUUCUGCAUCUUCCUCCUCCUCCUCACCCUCCUCACUGCCGCCGCCGCUGGACUCUUCUACCUCUGGUUCAAUCCGAAACUCCCAAUCUAUCGGUUACAGUCAAUCCAGUUCCCCCGAUUCAAUAUCUCCGUCACAUCUGACGGAACUUAUCUAGAUUCCCACACGGUCGUUAGGAUUGAAGCUACGAACCCGAACCACAAGAAAAUUACGUUCUACUACGAUGAGAGUGAGGUUCGGAUGACCGUUGAUAAUGCCGUUGAUCUAGGUUCGGCAUCCCACCCAGGGUUUUCUCAGGCGAGACAGAACAUUACAGCUUUGAAGUUUGGGACACAGGUGAAGCACUUGUUGAUAGACGAUGGUGAAGGGUUGAAGCUGAAGGGUCAGUUCAGAAGCAAGAGUAUGGUGAUUCGUGUGGAGGUUCGGACUAGGUUUGGAAUUGGUGUGGAGAAGUUGACGUUAGGGAAGUUGGCUGUGAACGUUUUGUGUGGAGAUGUCACAUUGAAGCAGUUGAGCGCAGGAAACACGCCCAAGUGCACUGUCAAUCUUUUCAAAUGGAUCAACAUAAGAUAACAUUCUUUUCGACAAAAUGGGAAAUGCGUAAUACGAAACCACAUUCUUGAAGAAUUCAAAUGUUGUUUUGAGUUUUGCUAUGUAUAAUAAGCUGUUUCUUUUUUGCUUCUCUGAUUUUUUUAUUCAAUUAUAAUUGAGUAUAAAUCAUAUUCUAAUUUCAAUGUUUGACUAAUUACUAUUAUUAUUAUUAUUUUUUUUUUUUGUUGGGAUGUGUUGAAAACUUAAAUAAGUAUUCAUCAUUUUGAUAUGCUCAUUGUAUUUUGAGAUAUUAACAUUAGUGUGACAUGUUACCCAUGAUCUGUUUUGCUCUU